AUGUUAUCGGCAGGGCUGGAGACUAUUGAGAAAAUCCAUUGGAGUGUAAAGUAUGUGAAGAGUUCUGAAUCACAAGAUAAAAACUUCCUUCAAGGAAAAGUAUUUGGUGAAGAAGGUGACAAAUAUGUUGAGAUUGUUGACGAUGAAUUUCACGAACUGUUUCUUGAAUAUGUUGAUGAAGGCAGAAAAUUUGAGGACAAGAAGAAGACAGAAGAUAGCCAGGGAACUCUUCUUUCAGACGAUGGGGCUUGCAGAUUUUGA